GGCCAUGCCAAGGUUUUUAAAGAGUUGCUGGCUGACUUGAAAAUACUGGAGGAGAAUGGGAUAACAAUGGCAGAUGAAACUGUCGUUAAAGGGACUCUUUACUGCAUUGCUGGAGACAACCUGGGCUCGCAUUGCAUUGGUGGAUUUACUGAAAAUUUCAGUUUCUCACAAUAUUUCUGCAGAUACUGUCUAAUUUCUCGAACUGAAUUUCGCGGUGAUGACCCAAAUUCAUGUGGACCAGAGCGCACCACUGAGAAUUACAGGGCUGCAGUUGAUCGUUUGGAGACUGAGGAUGUGACAGAUGUUCAAGGAAUAAAGUUCCGAUAUGGCUGAGACACAGAAGAUAAGCAGUGCCAUUACUGCAGUUUUUCCAGAUCUUCCUAUAGCAGUUCUCAGUUCAGUAGUAGAUACUUUGGAGGCACUCGGUGCAGGGACCACAGAUGAUCUGCAGUACGUUACAGAAGCAGACCUGCUGCUGGUGUUGAAGCCAAUCCAAGCCAGAAGACUUGUUGCUGCCUGGGCCCAGAACAGUAAGUGUAUUGAAAUGAAUACAGUUUCCUCUCCGGUGUCCGUCUGUUCCACUCCGUCCUUUAACUCACCAGCAUCAUCCACAAGCAUCUCGUCACCGGGAGCCUGUUCCGCUUUUGUGCCAAACUGGGUAGACAAUUUUAAAAUACCAUGGCAGAGGCUCCCUGAAGAGUUACUGCAGAGUUUGGAAAGGCAGAGAAGACCGAGUUCGCGACUACGCCGAGAGAUGGUAAGGAUUGUGGUCAAGGAGAUUAUGAAGGUGUCUAAUAAUCCAGCCAAACGCGACACUACAGAGAUAGGCAAAAGAAUGGUGGCCAAGUAUCCAAAAUCCUUACAGGAUGUCAUCGAGGGUGAUGUUGUUGGACCUGGAUACCAUUCACUGGUAAAGCAACUCCAAGCGCGAAUUGAAAAUGUUAAACGACCCAACACACUAAAAAUAAUGAAACGCAAGGCCACAUCAGAUGAUGAUGACACAGAGGAAGUUCCAGCAAAAAAAAGAGCCGGUGUUCAAGACACAUAUGGCUGCGUCAACUGGGAGCCAAAACAUUUGCCACUCUCCGAGACUGUGGAGAGUCAGCAAGAAAAAAAAGAAAAGAUGAAGAAUAUGUUUGAAGAGAUAAACUACAAUACAGAUGAUGUGAGAACAUUAGUACAGUCCACCUAUUACACGCAGCGUGUGUACAUCAACAAGGGGACACGCAUCAAGACACUUGGCCAAGAGUGGCCCUUUUUGUUCAGGGAAGUUGGUAUGGCAGCACACUUCCAAGAACUUACUGGUGUGAGUCUGAUGGAGUCCUUCCUUGCCAAUGUGGACAAAAAGGGUAGACGCCUCUUAGACUUCCUCAAACGUGUUGCUGCACCAAAAAACAAGCAAGUCCUGGAUGCUCUGAUCAAGUUUCAGACUGAGAGAGGUCAGUCGGAUGGUUGUUCAGAAGACAUCAUACAGAUGGUAUGUCUCUUACUGGCUCUUUUUGGUGAGCAAAAGGAGAAUCUGUUCCAUUUCGUCGAGGACACAUGCCUGGCCCAAGAGGUUCAGAUGGAGAAGUUGCCGGCAACACCCUGCAUCAUUGUGUGUGGGUCCUCCUGCUUUGCUGCUGGGAUGUUUAUGUUGAGCAUCGACCAAGAGGUUGUCAACGACCACAUCACUUCCUUCACGUCUGCCUUCUGCCUGAUGUUCGGGUGUUACUACUGUUUCAACAUUCACUACCCAGUGGAACUACGUUCAACACUUGAGUUCCUCCAAAGGUGUUUCUUCUCAAUAAAUCCUGAGAGAGGAACCAAAGUCGAGUGGAAGAAAAACAAGAAAGUACUCCCAGUCAAUCCCAGAGUCCUCACUCUGAUUGCAGACCUUGCAGACCAUGAGUGGAUAUAGACAUAUCCUACUAACCCUAACCCUUUAGAGUUGGGUGCUUUGGAACAAUGUGUUCCAAUUUUUUCCAAAAUGUGUAUGGAAUUGCUAGUUCUGAAAGCCAAUGUAAACUUUUCCUUGGAAAAGUGUCUGGUAUAGUUUGUAAAGCCAGAGUACAUGUUCAGCUUUACUGAGUGAUGUCAAUAGAUUUGUGCUGCAAAGAAGUUCAGGCGAACUUGAUAGUUCUAGGAAUUUGGAACUCUUACUCAUCGAGGUAGUCGUUUUUGUGAAAAGCAAAUAUCCAAAACCUUUGCUUAACAGCAAUGAAAUAAAGCUUUUCUUUAUUUUAAAAUGUGAGAUGUGACAUUUUUUGUGUGGCUGCUAGGUACAAUGAGCAAUUUUUAAAAACAUAAAUUUGCGC